UGGCUGCGGCGAGCCCACGAAAUCCAACGACUGCCAGACCGCCACGGCCCUCCCCGGAAGGAAGGAAGGAAGGAACCAGGGAAUCCACACCCGCGGCGAAGGUAAUCCCCGCGAGGGCGGCGAGGGGAGGCGAGGGAAUGUUGUGGGAGUGGGAGGACGGCGACGAGGCGGCGCGGACGGGCGAGGAGGUCCCCGUCGAUUUCGACUUCUUCUCCUUCUUCGCCAAGCCCAAGGAUUACUACAAGAUACUGGAAGUUGAUUAUGAUGCGUCGGAGGAGACAAUAAGGUCGAGCUACAUCCGUCUUGCGCUGAAAUGGCACCCUGACAAGAAACAAGAUGAAGAAAAGGCAACAUCCAGAUUUCAGGACAUUAAUGAGGCAUACCAAGUUCUUAGCAAUCCAGUAAAACGGCAGGAGUAUGACAAGAAAGGUGUUUUAUACGUUCAGGAUCAGAAUGCAGCGGAUUACCUGAACCGACACAAGGGUUUAAUACUUACAUGCAAUGGCCUUGGUGUUGCAGGAGGCAUAGAUGCCCUAUGUUGCACAUUUGCUCCUGAAACACUGUUCCCAUCCUAUGAAAUGAAAGCAUCUGUGUUCAUGAAUGCCUUGCCAUUUUACUCAUAGCAUUGAGUGUGGUUGGAUGUCAGAAAAUGCUUACUGUUUACCGCUGUGUUCUUUACUCCCCAAAUUUCUUCCCUUACAAGGGAAAAAUAGAUAUGGUUAUAGUCCUGGCAUUGUAUUUUCCUUUUCACUUACUCCCUCUGUAAACAAAUAUAAGACGUUUUAGGUCACUAGUGAACUAAAACG